AUCUUUGAGGAAGCUGUCAUUUUGGCGCCGAAUAUUCCAAGUGGUUCGUCAAACCCCAGCGCGGGAGUUGUGUCUCUUUGGGCUCCUUGUGCGGAUGUGUUGUUGUGGAUUUAUGUACGGUCAUAACACAUAGAAGCCCCUGUCGCCGCAACCAUUCCAUCGUCGGUGGAAGGAAGAGUUUGUCUACAUCAACAUGCAACGCAGCAUCGCAUCUUUCUUUCAACCCAAAGGGAAGGACAAGGAUGUCCAGAAGAAAGCCAGUGAUGAAUCAGUGAAAAAGCCUGUCAAAAGCCCGCUCAAAAUCCAGAAUGGCGUCCAGGAAGUGGACUUGUCUGUUAAGAAGGUCAUCAAGCGCAGCCGACAGGUUCUGGACAGCGAUGACGAUGACGCACCGGAAGUGAAAGAGCAAGUAAACGCCAAGAAACAAGAGGAUCAACCGGUUGUGAAAACAGCAAAGGAUGACGUCUUUAAGGCCGUCCCCACCCCGUUGUCUCCCCCGCCAUCCUCUGUUACCCCCAAAACCCCGAGCACUCCCCUAACCCCGGCCUCCUCCAUAUCACCGGGCACCCCCAGAGCCAUAGCACCCUCCCCUGGUGGCAUCACCAAGCGCAAGACAGCGAGGAAGAUGUUCCCCAAGAGGAAGCUUGAUGAGAGUAGCAGUGACGGCCAGAAAGACGAGGCCGAAACCAAGAAGCCGGGAGGUCAGCAAAGCAAGCGAGCCCGAGUGGAGGCCAGUGUCGACAACCCAGGCGAGGUGGAGGAGGACGCCAAGGAAGAAAGCGUCGACAAGGAUGUGACCGAGGAGGUGAGGACAUGUGACAACGAUGAAGCCAGCAGCACUGAUGAGAAAUUGGAGGAGACCGAAAAGAAAAAUGAUCCCAAAGAGGGCAGACAUGAUGACAAAACGGCUGCUGCUGCUGCUGAGGAGCAGGACGAGAAAAAGAAGCCAGAGGAGACCCUAAAAGAGGAGGCCAAGAAAACACCAAUCAGCAGCUUCUUUGCGCCCAGGAAAGCGGCAGUGAAGACGGAGAAGUCUGACAAACGUGAAGGCGAGAAGUACAAGAGGACGUCCUCAGCGGAGAACAGCAAAGAUGCAAAGAGUGAGUUGGCCAACUACGACCCGUCCAGAUCCAACUACCACCCUCUGGACCACGCCUGCUGGGGGAAAGGACACAAAGUGCCCUAUCUGGCGGUGGCUCGGACCUUUGAAAAGAUCGAACAAGACUCCGGAAGACUGAGGAACAUCGAGACGCUGGCCAACCUGUUCCGCUCUGUGGUGCUUCUUUCUCCAGACGACCUGCUGUGCUGCGUGUACUUGUGUUUAAACCAGCUGGGUCCUGCCUACUUGGGGAUGGAACUUGGAGUUGGAGAGACGGUGCUGAUGAAAGCUGUUGCUCAAGCAACUGGGCGACAGCUGGACAAAAUAAAGUCAGAGGCUGCGGAGAAAGGCGACCUGGGCCUGGUGGCCGAGAGUUCCCGUAGCAACCAGCGGACCAUGUUCCAGCCGGCCAGCCUGACAGUUGGGGGCGUGUUCAAGAAACUGAAGGAGAUCGCCAGCAUGAGUGGGAACUCGGCCAUGAAUAAGAAAAUCGACAUCAUCAAAGGCCUCUUUGUGGCGUGCCGAUUCUCUGAGGCCCGCUACAUCGUCAGGUCGCUAGCAGGGAAGCUGAGGAUCGGGCUGGCUGAGCAGAGCGUACUGUCGGCAUUGAGCCAAGCCAUGUGCUUGACGUCCCCCCCAAAAGAUUCUUCUCCCGCCGUGAUGGAUGCCGGGAAGGGGAUGAGCGCCGAGAGCCGGCGGGCUUGGAUGGAAGAGAAGAGCCUCAUUCUCAAGCAGACUUACUGCGAGAUGCCCAAUUACGACAUUCUCAUCCCCAUUCUGCUAAAAGAGGGCAUCGACCAGCUGCCUAAGCACUGCAAGCUCACUCCAGGCAUCCCACUGAGGCCCAUGUUGGCCCACCCCACCAAGGGAGUUGGCGAGGUGAUGAAGAGGUUUGACGAGGCGGCGUUCACCUGCGAGUACAAAUAUGACGGCGAGCGUGCGCAGAUUCACAUUCUGGAAAGCGGCGAGAUUCGCAUAUUCAGCCGCAACCAGGAGGACAACACCAGCAAGUAUCCCGAUAUCAUCUCUCGCAUCCCUAAGAUGAAGAAGGACUCUGUGGUGUCCUGCGUCCUCGACACCGAGGCAGUGGCUUGGGACCGUGAGAAGAAGCAGAUUCAGCCCUUCCAGGUGCUCACCACUCGCAAGAGGAAGGACGUGGAUGCAGCCGAGAUUACAGUCCAAGUGUGCGUGUACGCCUUUGACCUCCUCUAUCUCAACGGCGAGUCGCUGGUGCGGCAGCCGUUGUGUCGACGGCGUACUCUGCUGAGAGAGAGCUUCACCGAGGUGGAGGGAGAGUUUUUGUUUGCCCGAUCCAUCGACUCCGACAACACAGAUGCCAUUGCUGAGUUCUUGGAGCAGUCUGUCCGAGACUCUUGUGAAGGCCUGAUGGUGAAGACGCUGGAGAAGGACGCCACCUAUGAAAUCGCCAAGCGCUCUCAUAACUGGCUGAAGCUGAAGAAGGACUACCUGGAAGGUGUGGGCGACACAGUGGACUUGUGUGUGAUUGGUGCCUACCUGGGAAAAGGCAAGAGAACAGGGACAUACGGAGGCUUCCUGCUGGCCUGCUAUGAUGAAGACAAUGAGGAGUUUCAGACCGUCUGCAAGAUCGGCACCGGCUUCAAGGAUGAAGAUUUGGAGCAACACUACAAGUUUUUAAAGGAACACAUCCUGCCCAAACCGCGUGCCUAUUAUCGCUUUGACCAAUCAGCUGAGCCCGACGUGUGGCUGGAUGCCGUACAGGUGUGGGAGGUGAAGUGCGCUGACCUGUCGCUGUCUCCCGUCUACAAGGCCGCCAUGGGAAUGGUGGAUCCAGAGAAGGGCAUCUCUCUCAGGUUUCCCCGUUUCCUUCACAUCAGAGACGAUAAGAAACCUGAGGAUGCCACGACCGGAGCACAGAUAGCGGAUCUGUACAAGAAGCAACAGCAGAUCCAGAACCAGGGGGACAAAGCGGACCCCGAGGACUUCUACUGACCCAUCCACCAUUAAAAGAAAUCAUUGCAAUCAUCCUGAAUGUAAAUAUCUUUAUUUUUGUUGACUUGAAUAAAAAUAAAGGCUCCUGCCACAUUUUAAAA